UCGGACUGCGCGGACAUGCAGCCUGUCAGUCAGUGUGAGCCAGCCGCCCGCAGCAAUGUACGGUAGCCGUGAGGUACGGCACAGCAGCUAAAGCCGCGGUCCUUGCCCUUACCGCCGCUGCCACCUGCACACUGGACAUCCAACGAUGUACAGGGAGAUAAGGAGCAGCGAAGGUCAGCGAGCCGGAUCGAUGCUCUUAUCGGUGAUAAAGUAGAGAACGAAAACAGCUCCUUUUUCGCAUGAACCCUGGCAGGACUCGGCUCGCCUUGUUGGUCGUCUCCAAAGACUCAGGAUGAGGAAACCCAAAGUCAUCCGGAUGGUUUUUGCCUUGUGUCUGGGAUGUUUCAUUAUGGUCAUCCUCUACUUCAACAGCAGUCUCAAGCCAGUCUCGGAGGCGGCCGGUGACAGAAGCAGUGGGCAGAAGUCGAGGAGGAGUCCUCUACAGACGCUUUAUGAUGGUGACCAGGUUGAAUCACCAGUACAGGUGAUCCAUCAGGGCCGACGGGAGGUGUUAGAAGAAGCCUGCCGCUCCUACACCCGCAAACGCAGAGUCCUGAUCCCGGAGGACCUGAAACAUGUCAUCGUGGACGACCAGCACGGCUUGCUGUACUGCUACGUUCCCAAAGUGGCCUGCACCAACUGGAAGCGGGUGCUCAUGGUUCUGACAGGUGUCACCGGGUCCCUCCGAGACCCACUGGCGAUCCCCGCCAAUGAGGCCCAUGUCCCAGGAAACCUCCGCACUCUGUCAGAGUACUCCACCUCCCAGAUUAACCAGCGCCUGCGCUCCUACCUGAAGUUCGUGUUUGUACGCGAGCCCUUCGAGCGACUGGUGUCUGCGUACCGCAACAAAUUCACACGGAGCUACAACACAGCUUUUCAUAAACGAUACGGCACAAAGAUAGUGCGGCGUCACAGGCCGGACCCACAGCCAGAAGCUCUGGAGAGAGGAAACGAUGUCUCCUUUGAGGAGUUUGUGUAUUACCUGGUGGACCCCGCCACCCAGCGUGAAGAGCCAUUUAACGAGCACUGGGAGCGGGUGCAUUCGCUGUGCCACCCCUGCCUCAUCCACUACGAUGUGGUGGGUAAAUACGAGACGCUGGAGCAGGACUCCCGCUACGUGCUACAGCUGGCCGGGGUGGAGGACCAGGUCAGCUUUCCCACCUCGUCCAAGAGCACCAGGACUACAGGAGACAUGGCGGCCCAGUUCUUCCACAACAUUAGCCCCUUCUACCAGAAGAAGCUGUACAACCUCUAUCGAAUGGACUUCCUGCUCUUCAACUACUCUAUACCAGCCUACCUCAAAUUUAGAUGAGGCUGGGUUUUGACUUGAACUCAUGGAGCUUGGACUUCAUUGUAGGCCUUAAAUGGACACUGCAAAUACUGUUGAAACUGUAUAUUAAUUAGGAGCCCCGCAGACAGAACAUCAGGCUAAAGAACUUCUGUGGACAGGAGAGGACAUUUCAUCUCAAGAUGAAAGUUGUUGCCUAAAGAAGGCAGAUGAUAUUUUACUGUAAGCGGUGAUCCAGUGGAUGUCGGUCACUGCCUUUGAAUGUGUGUAAUGCCAUUCAAUUUUUGGUUCAAUUUCGGUUGUUGUCUGCUGUUAAAAAAAAAUUAUUUGCACAACAAAUGUAAUCUCUACAAGGUGCAGUAGCAUAAUUAAACUAUUAAAAUCCUUUUUAGACAGUGAAUGUCUCCAAACAUAUGUGCCUUUGAACAUGGGCCUUUUUUUCACUUCAGCAGACAAUGGCAACUUUUGUAACUGUGACUGUUUAUUUGUUGAUGUAGGAAGAGAUUUUUGUGUAACUAUGAUAUUGUCUUAAUUUAUUGUGUUAUUUUUGACUCUACAAAGUCAGACAAACCAAAAUAGGUAUAUAGUUUCUCUCACCAUUUUCAAAUAAAUGCAUUUCAGGAAGAA